GUUUUCUUUUUUAUCGAUAAAGUUUUGUGAUUCUAGUGGAUCACUACAGUAUGUUCUUUGACUCUGGCUUCGAUUUGCAUUUGGUUUGCAUCUAUUCCGUUAUCAUUGAUGGAAUGUGUGUCCAAACGUGAACUAACUGGUUACCUAAACCGGUAUUCCCAGCCUACGUGCAGGGGGACGACAUGUAUACACCAUUAUGGGCUUUUUGUGCUAAGCUGCUGUUGUACACCUGCCUCGCAGGGUUACCUGGCUCACUGCAGACAGGUAGAUGAUGAUGCGUGUGCUGGUUCCUCUCCUCUUCCCUGUCCUCCUGAUGAAGGCGUUCGCCUCUCCGUCCUCUUCAGUAGGGGUGGACCCAGCCUCACCAUGCCCACCUCGGUGGCUCUUGUUUGGGCAGAGAUGCUUCGCUUUCUACCCUGUGUGGAGCACCUGGAGCACUGCUACUUCUUUGUGCUCUGAGACAUAUAGUGACCUUGUGUCACUUCACACACCAGAGGAGCAUCAGUUUGUCCGUCAGCUCACAAACACUUCAGUGUGGCUGGGUGGAUACCAGGCACAGCAGAAUGACUCCUGGUUUUGGAGUGAUGGUUCCCCUGUCAGGAUCAAAAGCUGGACCAAUGAGACACAGGGGAAGACCAGGGAGGGCGGGGCUUGCAUGGAAAUGGAGCCAAAAGGUGGCAGGCUGCACAGCGCCCCCUGUGGAGAGCUCAGAUUCUACAUCUGCUGCAUCAGAGCCAACUCCAGAUCCGCUGUUAUCCCCAGCAGCAGUAAACCAGGCAUUGUGCCCGGUGUGAGUUUGUUUGAUGUUGUGUGGAGCUUCAGUAAUUUGUUGGCGGAAGAAAUUCUCUACUCGUCCCCCUUCCUGGGAGAGCUGCAGUCCGGGAUUCUGACAAAGAGUUGCUACAUCAGCUUCGUCCAGCAAGAGGCACUCUAUCUGCAGAGAGUCAGCAACACACUGGAGGCCCUGAUUAGUAGUCAACAGGAAAUGGACGACACGACACCACUGCUACUGGAUGCACUUGAGCACUACAGCAGUAAAAAGCAGAGCCUCCUCACGUCACGUCCCCCACAGUGGCUCCUCUACUCCCUCCAGUCUUUCCACUCGGUGGUUCUAAAGGAGCCGGUCUACUGGCUGGUGGCUCUGUCGGCCCGGACCUCUCUCCAUAUGUUCCUGGCCAAUACCCUGUCCUUCCAUAAGCCCAAAUUUGAUCCCAUGCUGGUGUCCAACUCUAUGUUCAGAACCCUAUACCAUGACUGGAAAGAUGAUAUCACCUGGACACAGAGGUACCAAAAGGUGAUAGAGGAGCGCCAGAAUCAGAUUAAUGUGUAUCAAGCCAUCCAGAUCUUCAGAGAGCACAUGAUGAAUCAGAAGAAUUUCUUCAAAGCUGUAACCUGUGACACUGAGGAUGAAAGCUGAUGAACAGGACGAAACCUGGCUGGGGUUGGACUGCUGGAGAGGAUGAGCCAUCCCUGUUAAAGUAGUUAAUUAAUUUUCACAGUUAAGCUGAUGAGGUGAGGCACAGCACGCUUGUGUAGAGGUUAUUGUUAUUGUAACUAUGGAGGCCUGUGAGGUAAACUCAUGCUCACUACUUUUAAGAUGUUUGCUCUUGAUUUUGCAUCUGUUUGCAUUCAGAAAUGUGACUUUUUUUUUUUUAAACACAGUCCUCCGCUUUCUUCUUCUACUACUUCUGGUGUUUUGUUUUUCUCAUAAUAAAUGCAGCACAGGGGAAAUCAUGUUAUAUUUUAUAUUAAACAACACCUUCUUGUAUUAUUGCUAUAUAUGAGAAUCUGUCACUGUUAAUAGUGAAUCUAUCUUCUUGUCUGCGGGUCACUGUCUCCUUUCAACUAAAAAUACUUGAGCAAUAAAAGAGAAUUACAUUGCAGUUGUCUGUCUCCCCCUGCAGG